CACAUACUGAUAAACAACAAUUCACACAUCGACAGUGUCCCAUAGCCUCCUUGGAACCAGAGGCCCAAACUCCUGACACCCAGCAGUCCCUCCUGCUGUGAAAGUGCACCACAGCACGCCUGCCUGCACGCAGUCUGUGCCAAGCACCCGUUGAGUAGGUGGGUCUGCUGGAAGGGAGUGGGAGAGGUGGCAAAGGGGCAGAUGGAACACUGAGGGAAGUUCACCAGCGACACGCAGAGUCCCGAGCCAAGGAGGGAACGUGCUACCUUAUCCACCUCCUCCUCCUUCUGUGUAAGUGUCAAUGCUGAGAGAGUGUUGAUGAAAUUCCUGACCAGGAAUGAGAAGGCCACAGAGGAACUGAAAUCAAAGACGUUUCUUUUCAGAGAAAGAUCAGCACCAGAGACCAGAGGAUGGUCCACCACAGGGAGGAAGACCGGAUCGGGAUCCCCUUCCCAAACCACAGCAGCGAUGUCCUGUGCAGCCUCAACGAGCAGCGGCGUGACGGCCUCCUCUGCGACGUCAUCCUCAUUGUACGCGACCAAGAGUACCGCACUCACCGCUCGGUGCUGGCGGCCUGCAGUCAGUACUUCAAGAAGCUCUUCACAGUGGCCACGGGAGGCCCAGAGGAUGGGCGCCACCUCCACACCGCUGCCUCCACAGCCACCGCUGCCAUCUACGAAAUAGACUUUGUAGCCCCGGAUUCGCUGACGGCCAUCUUGGAGUUCGCCUACACCUCCACGCUGACGGUGACGACGUCCAACGUGAAGGAGAUCUUGAACGCCGCUCGGAUGCUGGAGAUCCCGUGCAUCAUAAACGUGUGCCUGGAGAUCAUGGACAGUGGGGGAGGGGGUGGAGGGAGGGACAUGGAGGAAGACGAGGAGGAGGAUGAGGAGGAAGAAGAAGCGGAGUCAAGGAAUGAAGAUCAGGAGGAGGACGACGACGACGAGAGGUCGCUGAGGUCAUUGGAAAGCAGGGCGGAGCCCAUGGGGGUGGAUGAGUCGCCGCCCCCCAGCACCUCCUCCUACCAGGAGACGUCAGCUGACAACAUGAGUGGAAAGCAGGAGACUUUGGAGAAUCGCGCUCUGAAGGACUUCUCUAUUGCGUCGCUCCUCCAGGACGGCCUGUACCCCCGUAUGUCCACCUUGGACAGGAGGGCCAACUUCUCCCCUCUCCUCCCCGCCUUCUACCCCUCCAUGUGGGCAGCGGACUUCCCAGGAUUCCCACAGAGCUUCCUCGACUCCAGCCUCCAUCAGCACCCUCACACGGGGGCGUCCCCGGGCGCCUUCCUGCCGCCCGCCGCCCCCAGCCCUCUCAAUCUGGCUGUCAAGCGAGAGAUCAUCAAAGAGGAAAUGAAAGAGGAAGUCCCGCCCAGUCUGCUCCACAGCGACUUCCUGAAGGAGUUUGUCAGCUCGGGCCUGUGUGGCACUGUCAGCGCCUCGGGUCCCGUGCCGCCGCCCUCGGCGGUCAAGGAUGAGGCAGACUUGCGGUCCUACCUGAGCUUCCUGAACUCAGCGUCCCACCUGGGGGCGCUCUUCCCUCCCUGGCAGCUGGAGGAGGAGAGGAAGAUGAAGCCCAAGUCUUCGCAGCAGUGUCCCAUCUGCAACAAGAUCAUACAAGGCGCCGGGAAACUACCGCGACACAUGAGGACGCACACGGGAGAAAAACCUUACAUGUGUACCAUUUGCGAGGUGCGCUUCACCAGACAGGACAAGCUGAAGAUCCACAUGAGGAAGCACACGGGCGAGCGGCCGUACAUCUGCCUUCACUGCAACUCCAAGUUUGUGCACAACUAUGACCUGAAGAACCACCUGCGCAUCCACACGGGCGUGCGUCCCUACCAGUGCGAGCACUGCUACAAGAGCUUCACGCGCUCCGACCACCUACACCGACACAUCAAGAGGCAGAGCUGCCGAAUCUCCCGCCCCCGCCGGGGACGGAAACCCGCCACAUGGAGGUCUACGGCGCCGGCGGGUAACUUCCUGUGCCCGCCCACCACCAACGUCACCACCGGUGGUGGGUUUAAGUCGGCGUACGAGGAAGGGAAGAGCCGCGGACUGGGUUUUAACGGAGAAGAGCAAAAUGAAGGAGCGGAGAGGCCGCGAGGCGUGUUCGCCUUCGCCGUGGCGGGAGAAGACGUACUCACCAGAUCACCAUAUUACGCGCCGACCUCUGACCCCUGGACCAUGAGACUGGAGCGAGCCCCUCCCAUCCCUGAGACGGCCACAUGAAGACCUUUUUGAAAGACAAACAAAUCAGUGAACUUCCUGAAGCCUGCUGGCCUUUUAUUUUCUGCUAAAAAGAACAAUACAAAGACUCUGAGAAGCCCCGUCAAUGUUUACAAGGAAGAUUUGGAAUUUAAAAGAGAAACGCAACGAUGCGUUCAUGUUCAGGAAGUCUAUAGCGCCUGUUAUUGUAUUGGCAUUAGUGACAACGAUGAAUGUAAAACAUUUAUUAUGGAAGAAUCAGGACUCGUGCGGUAAAAAAAUACACACAAUAAAGCAAAAAAAACACAUUGAAGUCACCUAAAUAAGCACGUCUACUGCACUAUUGUACAUAAACACACCAUGUGUCAUUUCCUUUGCAGGUAAUACCAUAAAGAAAACACUUUAAUACGACACUAUAUCAUUGAUAAAUAAUGUUUCUCCAUAAGGACGCUCACGCUUUCUGGGCUUUUUCGACGCUCGUCUUUUUUCUGCUGCCAACAAUCACAUUUAUUUGACUUGAAAAUGGAGGAAGGUAUUUGUUAUUUUCUUUUUUGUGCUAUUUAUGCAUAUUUAAAACAAUGAAUGAACCUUGGCUAUAUUUUGCAAAUGUUUUAUAAAGACUUUAAAUGUUGAA